AUGCGCGCUCCAGAUGUUCAUGAUGGGAAGAAAUCACAUGAAGGAGGAAGAAACCUACCGGAACCGAGUGAAGCCAAAAAAAUAGUUUAUACCAUCAAAACUUUCACAAUUUUCGUUGCAUCAAUAGGAUAUCGAUACCAAUAUCCGUUCAGUAUUGUAACAAGUUUCAAUGCACAUUUUCAACCAGCUCUCCACAGUCGUUAUGGCACGAGAGUUACAAGGAAACAAAAACCAUUCUUACAACACAUUCUUCCGAUAUAUUUGUGGGAACUAAUUAAUCAUGCAAUAUUUACAACGAAACUUUACAAGUGGAUCGAAAUUAGAAAAUUACUUACGAAUAUUGGACAUCAAAUUAAGGGACAGUUUCUGAUCAGGCUACUUUACUCUACUUUUCCCACCAUUCUUCAUUCCAUUACAAGUCCAUCAGAUAUAUCUGUUGGUAUUACCAUAAGAGGUUAA